AUGUUGUCGCUUUCGCUUCAAUGGGGCCACAGAGCGCAGUUUGUCUACCACACGCAGCAGACUUGUCGUGAGGAUCCACCUCCGCCGUUCCAUGAUGCUAGCCGUGUACGUGUUGCGGGAUCCCACCUGCAACUCUUCCUGAAGGACGUUGAAAUACAACGCCGAGUACAACCCAAGGCCCUGAGGACUAUACAGAUUCUCAGUCAGUGGGUAUCGCUCCAUCAUCUCCAUCUGUCACGAAAAAAGACCUUCCACUUUGGGGGGAAGCUUCAGUCGAUGAGUAAAGGCAUACGAUAUAAACUUUGCCUGCGCUUCAAAGAGCAGAAACGGCGGCAACAAUUCCUUUUGCAUUCCCACAAAGGCAAUGGAGGGAUUAUGGGCGUACAGUGUUCCAAGGUAGAGUCCAUUGGUGACGGGUCGCCACUUUACCGGGGUUAG